AUGGCGGCACGUUUUCUCGGUGGUUUUGUAAUUUGGGUAGAUUCUCGUUUUUUGCUUCUGAACAAUCUAUUCAAAGAAUCAAGUCUAGGCAACUUCAUAACAGACAUCAUCAGUACGGGGAUCAAAUGUGAUGGAGUCAUACUGAACUCCGGAGAGUUCAGAUCGAACAGGAUACAUCAAGCUGGGCCCUUUACGUACAAAGAUAUGUUUGCCAUCUUGCCCAUGAUGGAUAGUCUCGUCGUCUUCCAGAUGACUGGUCAAUUCAGCAAACGUGAGUUGACGUCGCGUUCGACAGCCUACCCUCACUUCAGCAGGCGUGAAGCGACAUUACGUUCUACAAACGACACGUCAAUUCAGCAAACUGACAACACGUCGGCAGUCAACGAGGCCUCCGCCAGAAGCUCCGAAGACAACGUGACAGCCGGUGUCCACAUUCGCAGUAAUCGCUACAUUUCGGAAACGAUUAUAAUUUUUAUUUGCAGGCAACAUGAGGAAGAAGAAGGAAAGUUGCGGAUGAAUUUGGCGGAGGAGAAAGCGAAGCAAAAAGAGGAAGAAAGAAAGUCGCGGUUGAUGUUGGAGGAAGAAAGAAAGUCGCGGUUGAUGUUGGAGGAGGUAGAAAGAAAGUGGCGGAUGAAGUUGGAGGAGGAAGACAGAAGAAUCAGAAGAGAGGUAGGUAUUCGGAAAAUGGAACUCAACGAGGCCUCCGCCAGAAGCUCCGAAGACAACGUGACAGCCGGUGUCCACAUUCGCAGUUAUCGCUACAUUUCGGGAACGAUUAUAAUUUUUAUUGUUGGGAACAGCUGUUGA